AUGACCUUCUUUGUCAGAAGCAGAACAGAUGUCUUCAAGAUACCAAACUUUGGCGGAAUGCCUCAUGUUUUCUUCGCCGACUACCUGGGAGCUGAAAGUGAUAAGGCAACCAGUCCCAUUAGCGGAUCCUGGUUUCGGAUAGAGAAAGGACCGGAAGCAACCCCUCCGAGGUAUGACUAUGAUGAAAUUGGAGUGGUGAUAGAAGGAGAAAUCACAUUGAAAGAUGCAACUGGCCACACAGAAACCGUUCGACGUGGCGAUACUUUCAUGAUCCCACGAGGCAGCACGAUCACCUUUUCCUCAAACACCUAUGGGGUUGCAUGGAAAUGCGGGGGGAGGCCAAUGAGCAGACUUUGA